UUAAAUAUUAAAUGCUUUAUUAUCUCCAAAGAGAUAAGAUAUUAAAUAUAAAAACAUUGAAUGGUCGCUCAUGAAUUUCAGUUUUUGAUUAAUCUGCAUAAUGAAGCUCCCUUGCUUACUUUUGCUGACUGUUAUCAUCGCCAUCUCUUUUGAUCUGACGUUGGCCGCGAGAACUACAAGAAAUCCCCCUGGAUAUUUCCGCUGUGUCGGCUUUUUCAACAGGUGUUGUCCACUCGACAGAUAUUGCUGCAUAAAUAAUCUCUAUUGCUGUCGAACAGGAAGUACCUUCGCUGCUAUAAUAUGUUGAAAUUUUGUAUUUGUAUCACAAAGGAAC